GGGCCUCCACAUAGCGUCUAACUCCGCCGCGGGAACAAGCAAACGGACUGAACGAACACGAACUGCAGGAACACAAAAGUUUGACGCCUUCUAAACUUAACGCACUGAAGCGAAAUAGACGAAAGAAAGUUAUUUGACAGAGAAAAAGAGAGAGAAAGUAAAAAAAAAAAAGUAAAAUGUAAGAACAUCAAGAAGCGUGGUAUUAGUGCGUUGCUGUGUUGUCAUUAAAAAAGCAAUAGUACAGUCGGUGCGUUAGUGUUUGAAGCACCUGCUGUCCUGUCCCGCCUCCCCCUCCGCCACCAUGGAUAUCCUGUUUGAGGACACGGCAAUAAAGCCUGUAGUGGAUAACCUGGUGUUCAGACUUCACUACCGCUACACCUACAUAUUCUUCCUCGCCGCCACGCUCCUCACCACGCUCUACGAUGCCAUAGGUGACCAGAUCGACUGCCUCACAGACGUGGACUCCGACUCGUUCAAUGACGUGGUGAACAGCUACUGCUUCAUCAUGGGCACCUUCACCGUGGACCGCCUGCACGGCCUCCAGGUGGGCCAGCAGGUCCCGCACCCCGGGGUGGGGCCUCCGGAGGUCCAGGACUCCAUCACCUACCACACCUACUACCAGUGGGUGCCCUUCGUCCUCUUCAUGCAGGGCGUGAUGUUCUACGUGCCCCACUGGCUCUGGAAGUUAUCAGAGGGCGGCCUGUUCAGGCACAUCAUCCAGAACCUUUCCAUCAGGGACUACCUAGGCGAGAACCUCGGGAGGUACUUCAAGAAGGAAGAGAGGUUCAGGGCGCUAGCCAAGUACUUGAAGCGCACCAUGAACGGCCAUCGGACGUGGGCCUACAAGUUCUUCUUCUGCGAGCUGCUCAACCUGGGCGUGGUGGUGGCCACUCUCUUCUUCACUGACUGGUUCCUGGGUGGGGAGUUCCUCACCUACGGCACCAGGGUGUUCGCGGUGGCUGGUCUGGACCCCGAGAACCGCACGGACCCGAUGUCCUACGUGUUCCCGCGGAUGGCCAAGUGCACCUUCAAGAGUUUCGGGCCCUCGGGCACCAUCCAGGUCAGGGACGCAAUGUGCCUCAUCGCCAUCAACAUCAUUAACGAGAAGAUCUACCUGUUCCUGUGGGUGUGGCUGGUGCUGCUCACCGCUCUCACCUCCCUCUGGAUGGUCUACAGACUCCUCACCAUCUUGCUGCCGCCCUUCAGGAAACAGUUGCUGAAGCUCCGCGUGGACAAAUCAGUGCGGGGCUCGCUGAAGGAGGUUCUUCGUGGCGCCUCUCUCAGUGACUGGCUGCUGUUGUACAGUCUCGGAAAGAACAUGGAACGCAGGGUCUUCUCCGAGUUCAUCAUCUUCCUGCACCUCGAGCUGACAUCAUUCCCCGGGGUGCCAAAAGAUCCGGAGGAGGAACUGAAGCAGCAGUUACUAAGGGAGGACUUCAUACGCCCAGAGAAGCCAAAAGAAAGAGAGAGAACAAAGCGUGUGAAGGCGUAUGCAUAGGAAUCACCUGCGCUAUCUACCUCUAGGUCUUGCCUACCACUGAUGGAACAAGGGGCAGUGCUCGGUCACACCAUUGAAAAACAGCAGUAUUAUCCAUAGAAAUAUGAACAUCUGACAUUUCAUGGAUUUUAUAGAUUACAAGAGACAAGUCGUACACAGAAAAAUGCACAAUACAUGAGAGACAAGGGUGAGGUACAUUUCAUAUCUUUAAUUAACUCUUUGACUACUAUAUGGUACACCUUUCCUUUAUUACUAAUAAGUCUGAGACAGCUUUACUUGUUCUACAACAACCUGUAAUCUUUAAACCGAAUAAAAACAGCAAAAUC